AUGAACGAGCUGGAACAUAUCCCAGUUUUACGGCUUUCGUCGAGUGAAAUGGAGGAUCCCAUCAGUUUUCUGUCGCAGCCCAAUGUGCGGCGGUUGGGUCACAUUUACGGGAUGGUCAAGCUGGUUCCGCCGCAGGAUUUCAAACCGCCUCUUUCCAUUGAUGAAACCUGUUUCAAGUUUCGGGCCAGAGUGCAGCAUUUGAACGAACUCAAUAUAUCCAAUCGGGGAAGGCUGUUUCUGAUGAAACAGUUGAACAAUUUUUACAUGCAUGGAAAGCGCAGUGCCACGGUGCUUUUAUCAAAGCCCUACGUGGAAUCCCAAGACGGCCGCAUUUACUUUUAUGAUCUUUUCAUCGCCGUCACUCAACUGGGCAACGAAGCAAACGCCGUCAAACAAGAAGAGGGAAAGUACUCACAGACGCCCGUUUCUAGCCGGAAAAGGUCCAAGUCUGAUCGAUUUGCAGAAAGUGACGCAAAACGUAGCUCCAGAAUCGUUCUAGCGCCUCUACGGGACAUUUAUAAUAACCAGAAACUGUGGAAAGACGUCUCUAAAUUACUAGUCAAAUCGGCAGAAAAGCUGCUGCAUGUCUUUCAGACAUUUCUUGCGCCAUAUUACGACUUUCUGCAGCGAAAGAUGGGUCCCUAUGGCGAUCAUGCGUCUAUGCUCUCAAACCUGAUAUACACCGAGGACUACCCCAAGUCGUUGUUGAACGACUCUGAGGACGAUGCAGAUGACAGCAGGAACGGCCAUGGAGCCGCAGAAGAAGAGGGAGAAGAAGAAGAAGAAGAAGAAGAAGAAGAGGGAUGUGUUAUCUGUCGUCGAACGUCACACCGCUCCAAAACUAUUCUGUGCGACUCGUGCGAUAAACCUUUCCACAUUUUCUGUUUGGACCCACCGUUGAGCGACGUACCGAGAGGGAAAUGGGCAUGCAACAACUGCAUUAUUGGGAACGGUUUCUAUGGCUUCAAAGAAGAGGAUAAGUUAUACACCAGAAAAAGCUUCCAGAAGCUGUGCAGCGACUUUGAUUCGCAAUUAUGGCCCCAAGGCAACAAACUGGAGAAUCUGCGGCUUCUCGAAACCAUGUUCUGGGACCAAGUCAACCAAAUCGACACAGAGUCCUCCAUUCGAUAUGGCGCUGAUAUCCACAACGUGGGGCCCGGCCAAAUGACAGGUUUCCCUACAGCUGAGUUCGUGCCUCCGGACGUUCAACAAGAUCCAGUCGCUAGACAAAAGUACACAAAAUACGUCCAGCAUCCAAUGAAUUUGGUGAAUCUGCCUACGGCCAAGGGUUCCUUAUUGUGGGUGUUUGGUAAAAAAAUCUCUGGGAUGACCGUGCCAUGGACUUACAUCGGAUCCACGUUCUCAACCUUCUGCUGGCAUCUGGAAGAUCAGUACACCUUAAGCGCUAAUUAUCAGCAUGAGGGCGAUCCAAAAAUAUGGUACAGUGUUCCUGAAAACUCUCGCGAGAAGUUUGACGAACUCAUGAAAAGCAUAGCACCAGAUUUGUUUCAAAAGCAACCUGAUCUCCUCCACCAACUCGUUACACUGAUAGCUCCAUAUGACAAACGAUUCCAAGACGCGAAAAUAAGCUGCUAUAAGGCGAUACAGUAUCCAGGUGAAUACGUCGUCACUUUUCCCAAAUGUUAUCACUCUGGGUUCAAUACAGGCUAUAAUUUCAACGAGGCGGUCAAUUUCACUCUAGAUUUAUGGCUUCCGUACGGUGUGGAAGCCACACAUGACUACAUUGCCACCGGUAAAAAGUGUGUUUUCAAUAUGUGGGAACUAAUGCUUACCGUGUUGUUAGAGUAUCUGGAGAAUCCGAGAAAGUUUGAGGAGGGUAUGGUGCGCAGAUGUCAUUCAGAGUUAUUAGAGAUGUUCAAUCGUGAGGUCAAGACCUUAAACCAGUUAGCGGACGUUGUAUGUGCUCAAAAUGAGGCCAAAGGUUUCACACGUCGCCACAUUGACGAUAAGCUCCGCGUUGACAUACAAGUGACCGUGACGUCUAGCAACAAUGAAGAUGCCAACGAAGAAUCAGUUUCGAGUGCAGGAAAUGAUGAUGGUGACGAUGACAUUUUUUGUUCCUCUUGCAAAACAAUAUGUCCGUUUGCCUUCGUUGCUCACUCCAAAUCGACUCGGUAUUCCAAAAGAAGACGUCUGCAAUCGAUGAAACCUGAAGAGUGGAACCAACUGGCAGAACAGGGCGAUAUCGAUAUUUUAUGCGCCCAUGACUACUUUCGGUUGGUAGAAAAGGCAGAUGAAGAGGAUGUCUCUGAUGAUGAAUCACGCGAGCGGUUUGAACGCGAUGAGCUUUAUUAUAUCCGGCACCCUGACGAAAUACGGGACAUUUUGAAGCGUGCACAACACAAGAUAGAUAGUAUGCUUCGUUGA